UGAAGGCUGCUCAACGCAGACAUACAGAGAUGACUUCUGCUGUCCAGCCCCGAGAAUGUAAAGUGACCAAAAAGCCCCACAAGAGCUAUGGGUUCUACCUUCGUAUCGAGAAAGACACAGCAGGGCAUCUCAUCCGGAACGUGGAAAAGAACAGUCCAGCUGAAAAAGCUGGCUUGAAGGAUGGAGACAGAGUCCUCCGGGUUAAUGGUGUGUUUGUAGACAAGAAGGAACAUGCACAGGUGGUGGAGAUUGUGAAAAACAGCGGAAAUUCUGUUGUAUUUCUUGUUCUGGAUGACACAUCCUAUCAAAAGGCAGAAAAAGAGGGAGUGAACUUGGAAGAGCUGGGUCAAAAGGUGGUAAAAGAACAGCAGGAGGAGCAGCAGUCCCCACCACCCAUGGCCAAUGGAGCUAUCACUGCAGUUCCACAACCCCGGCUCUGCUACCUGGUGAAGGAGGAGAAAGGUUAUGGCUUCUCUCUGAAAAGCACAGAAG